UGCUGGAGGGUCGGGUGUGCGAGGUGCAGGAGAAUUUCGACCAGUUGGAAGGCCUCAAUGCGCAGGAAAUUGCAAAAAUAAAACACAUGUUACUGAACACCAACAGUGAGCUGGAACAGUCACAGGCACGCCUGAAGGAGACAACAGCAGCGCUUACCAGCGCUGAGUCACGGCUGGCCUGGGCAUCAUCGCUGGAACAGCGCGUCGCUGCACUCAGCGAUGAGAAGACAGAGUUAGAGACCCAGGUAGCCGGACUCUCUAAAAAACUCGAUGUUGCUAAUGCCAGAUAUAAAUCACUGGAGGAGAGUAAGAAAGAAGAAACAGAACACUUAGAGUACCGGAUCAGUACUCUAGAGCAGCGGUACUCUCACACUGCACUCCAGGAGUCUGACAAGGUGCAGGUACUCAUGAAGGAGAGGGAGGCCAUGGAACACUGCCUGGAGGAGGCCAGACAGCAACUUAACAACAUCAAGGCAUCAUGGAGUGACAAAAUCACAGCUCUGGAGAAUCAGAUCCGACAUCUGAACGCCAAGAUUGCUGAAGAUCAGUCUGAUCUGCAAGAGGCAGAGGGACGGACCGAGGCGCUGAUGUCCGAACUCAGCACCCUGAAGGCCCAGAACCUCUUUGGUGGCGAGAAGGCAGAGAUGGAGGAGAAACUGGCAUCAGAGGCUUCACUGCUGAAGGAGGAUCUGGAGACUGUGCGGUGGCAACUCAACAACACUGUUGUUGAGAAGGACACUCACAUCGACACUCUGCGCCAACAGCUGAGUGCGGAGGAAGUAAAGCAUCAGUCUUGUGCUGGCGUUCUUCAGUGCAAGUUGGAAAAUAUUGCCACAUUAGAGCAGAGGUUGAUGGAAAUGGAGGAGGAAGCAGUGGUCGUUAAGGAUAAUUUAACGACGGCUCAGGCAGAGUUGGUAUCGGCACAGAACGAGAAGAAGUCACUGCAGGAGACACUACAGCAGCUACGAACUACCCUGGAAACCCUAGAGCGAGGCAAACUAGAAAUCAAAUCAAAGUUAGAUACGGUUAGUAGCGAGAAGGCGACGCUUUCUAGGAAUCUUGACGAAUACGUGGACAAGGUGGGAGCACUAGAACGACGUGUGAGGACGCUGGAGAACGAGGCUGAGACAAACACGACAAUGCUCAGCGAGACGGAGGCUGAGCUCACAAGGGUCAAGCUGGAGUGUGAGGCGCUCAGGACACAGCUCAGAAGCUCGGAAGAUGACCUGGCCAGCAAGAUAGAAGCAUCGGAGAUCAUAAGCGGCUUGAAGGAGAGAGUGAAGAACCUGGAGGAUGAACUGGCGGAGAAGAAACAAGCACUGAAGGUGCAGGGUCAGAGAGUGGCAGACAUGAAGAAGACAAUCCAGCGAGAGCUGAGACUGACGGCAGACACAGCGGCAGAUAUCGUGGCAGACCAUCGCACUGACGCCAGACCUCGCGAUGCUUCUCCUGUCACCAAUGGACUGGCAACCAACACCAGCGCUGACAAUGGUCUUAACGUCAACCACACCUACCUCAAACACGUCAUCAUCAAGUAUCUAACGUCCAGGGAGUACGAGGCGGUUCACCUGACUCGCGCCGUGGCGACGCUGCUCAACAUGACGACCGAGGAGGAAAGGCUGCUGCGGGAGACACUAGAGUGGAAGAUGUCGUGGUUUGGAUCCAAACCAAAUUUGGGUAAAGGCCAGACUGCCAAGACAAUCCCUCCAUCACAAUGACACCCCUGGUGGUGGUCAUAGCAGUGCCUCAUCUGGCUCUUAUCAACUCUUUUUUAAGACAUCAGGAGCCAUUGACUGUAUAAAUUAAUAAAUUACAGCUGGGAAAAUGUUUGUACUGCAGAUUAAAGGGAUUCAGUCAAGCUUUCUUAUGAAGCUCUUUUAAAUACAACCAGCUUUCUUAUAAAGCUCUUUUACACAGCAGCUGAAAGGAUAUUCAUAGUCCAUGCUGUUCCAUAUUGGAUGAACUUUUUCAGUCAUGUUUAUGAAAAAUUUUACUGAGUAGAUGAGCUUUGUAAGAGAGCUGACUGCACAUAGUGGUGCUUUAUGAGCUGACUGUAUUGAUAAAAUCUCAAUUAGUAUUGGCCUUCCUGCAAAAGGAUGUAAAGCCAGAUGUACUGUGUUAACCCUUUUGAGCCCUAGUUCCUAGGCCUUUUGUGUAUCCAUGUGCUCCUGCACUACCUUCUGCAGGAUGGAUACGCGGUGCACAACAAACUAUUCACUUCAGCGGCAAAAUCAGUCAUACACACACACAAAAAAGAGUGACCUGAAGAAAUCCAUUGGAACACGGGAAGUCUGGUGAACAUUUUGAACAACUGUGGAACAACUGCAAGGUAGCAAAUACUUUAUUAAUAUAAAAUUUGCACUGUAUUAUAUUGACUAGUGACUAAAAAGAAAAGCAUCAUAUUUUCGGAAGUUUCACGUUUAUGCUGAAAAUUCAUAUUUUCAAAAAUGAUUUCUCUAUUUUUUUAAGCAUUUUACAAUUUUUUUUUUUAAACUGCCCAGAUUAAAGUACUGGCUUAAGCUGCCCAAAUUGCAACCCUGGCUGGCCCAUUGCUGCACAAAAUCCUGUGGUUAUUGGUUUAAAAGUCAUUUACCAACUAAAGACAUAUUGGAUAUCUCAAUCACUGAGGAUAUUUGUAAGCCCGGGCAUCUAUUCAGAAGUUCCUCAAUAAAACUGUUUGAUAAUCAAAGCAAUGCCACUUUUGAAAGCUGCAAAUUUUGUAGUACAACUGUACUGUAAUUACCUUCAUUAACUUGUAGAUAAUUUUGCACCAGUACUUAACAGCUUUGGCACUCUUAAUUCUACAGUUAUCUAAUUUGUGAAGUCUUAUUAACCUUGUUAAAGCAAGGUCAUUAAGAUUGUAUCUUCCUGAAGUUGUUGGGGGAUAAAAACACGAUUUUCUCGGGUGUUAGAUGACAGGUACCUUUAUCCUUGAGAUAAUUCUGUAUUCUUAUGUAUUAUAAACCUGCCUAUAUGUAUAUUACAAACCUGCCUUUUUGUAUAUUUAAUUUUAGUGUAAUACAGGAGUUGACGUGUGUAGUGACAAUAUUGAAAGAUGUUAUACCUUCAUUUAUUGUACAGGAAAACUGGCAUCAUAUAACGACUUUUGAAGGAUGUUAUGCCCACACUUAAUAUACAGGAAAGCAGGCAUCAUAUAACAACUUUACAAAGAUGUUAUACCCACAUUUCUGGGCCAAAGAUUAUUAUAAACAUUAUUAAUAUUUAACUGAAGGUUUUAAAUGGGCAGACUAACAUUUUGGUGGUUGGUUUCAAGAAGCUUAUGAUUUACAUAGCAUGUAAUCCAACAUUUCUUGUAAAUGUUGCAAGUUUCUAACACUGUAGCAGUGUUCAUCUCUGGUGGUGUUCACUUGAACUUUCAGCUCUCAUAAAGCUGAACAAAUGUGCCUCCCUGUGUUACCAUUUUCUAAGACUCAGAACAAAGUUUGUUCCGUCACAGAUGUUUGAACGCACUGAUGGAUGAGUCUGGCGAACGCGAUAAUGUUCAUACAUUUGAGAUAUACGUACAUUUAUACAUUACAUACAUUAUGAUGUAUUUUUUACAGCACUAACUAUUAUAGCUUGGUACAGUGCUAUGUAAUGUUAUGUAUUAAUUUUAUAUGUAUCUUCAGAGACUACAUAACUGACCAGCUCAGAUGAUAUGAUACAUGCCAUCAAAAAGUUUUUGGCUUUAAUGGCAAUGCAGAAAAUUCACUGAGAAAAUGAAGCUGCUUGGUAGGUGGGUGGAUGAUGGUAGAUCAGAUCCUAUCUUAUGGCUUCUUGAGCCAGACUGUGGAAGAUACAAGACCAGUAAUUCUCAACAACUUAUGGCUUCGUGUUUAUGAUAGUUGGUGUAAUGCUUUUGGGGGGAGGAGGACACAUGGCUUCCUGGUGGGGAAGAUAGGUGAAAAGUGAGUGAUAGUUGAUGUGUUUCCUCUUUCACCUUGACAUAUCUUAGUGGGGAAAGAGCAGUAUUAAAACAAGGUCAGUCUAUUUAAAAAGGUCAGUUGUUUUACAACAAAAGUUUAUCUAAAAGUUGGUCAGUUAUUAGGCCUCAAAACAGUGUUUUGUUUCUAGUCAGGUUAACUUAAGUCAUUAAGUUUGUUCAGUCAGUCUUCAAUUUAAUGAUCAACUUCAACUCUUGCAUCAGAAAUUUAAAUACAGUGGUACCUCGAGUUACAAACGUAAUUUGUUCCAGAAGGCUGUUCGAGUGCCAAUACCGAACAAAUUUGUUCCUAUAAGGAAUAAUGUAUAUUAGAUUAGUCUGUUUCUGACCCCCAAAAAUACACUUAGAACAGAACUUGCAAAAAAUACACUUACAUAAUUGUUUGAGUUGGGAGCUGUUCGAAACUCAAAGUACCACUGUAUAUUGAUUUAUGUACAGUAUACCCUCAGUGCUGAGUCACCAUCUGGAAAAGACCCGGGCCAGGACAAGACCGGUGAACCUACUACAGUAGACCCUCAUAUUACGGAUUUAUUUGGCACACUUUGGUUAUUACGCUAUUGAAAAACUGCAGCAUAAUUUUAUACAACGCUUUGUAAAAUUAACUUAACACAGUUUGGUUUGUGGAAGGGGAAAAAAUUUAGAGCAUCGCCCGUGGAAUAUUUCCCUAGCUCAGGCUGCCAUCUGGCUGUGGGUGAAACCACUGUCUCUGCAGGGCUGCACCGGGCUUCAAGGCAGCAAAGGAUCGCUCCUCCUUGCUUCUUUGCGGUAAUAUGUCAGAUGAUUUCAAGUGUAAGCCCAUGGUUAUUUACCACUCUAACAAUCUUCGUGCUUUGAAAGGUGUAGAUAAAAACACCUUACCAGUAAUUUGGAGGUCAAACCAGUCAGCAUGCAUAACAAAGGAAAUAUUCAUUGACUGGUUUAAGCAUAACUUUAUUCCUGAAGUCAAGUUUUUACCUGCACAGCAAGAACUUUGCAUUCAAGGCUCUCUUUAUUCUUGAUAAUUCCUGUACUCAUCCAGAAGCUUUGCUGGAUGUGACCCCACAUGUAAAAGUUGUAUUUUUACCUCCAAAUACAACAUCUUUAAUACAAUCACUGAAUCAGGGAGUUAUUAAGUCAUUCAAGUGAAACUACACAAGAAAAAUGAUGAAAAAAAUAGUUGCAUCAAUGGACUCUGACUCCACCUGGCAGUACCAAGCUUAUAGAUUAUUGUAUAAUGUACUGCAGGGUAAAGAAGCCAGAGAUCCAUUACAGAAUUUAUGCACACUCCAAUACAACCAUCAACUUUAGUACCAGAGCCUCAACCAUUCACUUCUGCUGCCAACCAACAACCAUCCACCUCAGCCCAGUAGAGCCACACCAUGCAUAUCCACUCUCUUCACAAUCACUGACAUACACCAGCAACCACAUUUUAAGGUAAAUAAUAUUUCUGUUGCAUUUGUGGUCUUAAGCAAGAAAAACAACAUCAUCAUUUUUAUUUUUGUAAGAUCUUGAUGUCUAAAAAAAAAAAAAGUUAUUUGGCUUUUUUUUUUUAGGGGGGGGGGAGUAUCCUGGGAAUGUAACCUUAAUUUUCCCAUAAGUUCUUCAGUUUAUAUGGAUUUAUCUAACAUGGCAUUUUCAGGAACGUAACUACCAUAUAAUAUGAGGGUCUACUGUAUGUUUAUAUUUUACUUUAGUAAGAAAUAUUACAUAAUCUAUUUUUCUGCUAUAUAUAUAAUAUAUUAUUAUUAUUAUUAUUAUUAUUAUUUUAUUAUAUGUACUCUUUUGCCCUUUCUUUUUUUUGGUCGCCUGCCUCAUUGGGUAAUAGCCAGUGUGUUGACAACUUUUUUUUUUUUAACAAACCGGCUGUGUCCCAGCAAAGCAGGUAACCCCAAAAGGGUGUUAACAAUAUAUAUAUAUAUAUUAUGACAUGCCAUACAUAUCGUAAGAGUCAACUAAAAUACUGGGAGCAAGGGGGCUAGGAACCCCUUCUCUUGUAUACAUUACUAAAUUUAAAAAGGAAAACUUUAAUUUUUCUUUUUUAAAACUUUUGAUUUUCUUUUUUGGGUCACCCUGCCUUGGUGGGGUACAUCACUGACCCCUUAAUGGUCAGUGCCAUAGUUCUAUAUCAUAAGCUCAGAUAAGCUGCACCAUAAAAAAAGAAAGCCCUACCCCACGCAGUGCAUGAUAAAAAAAAGGGACCUAGUUUUUGGUUUAAAAUAGUGACUUUGCAGUGUAAUUUUGGAUGUUUUUUUUUUUUUUUUUUUUUUGGUAUCAUUGGAUAGAGUGGAAGAUAUAUUACAGAAAUAGAGAUGAUUUUGAUUGCAGAAAUAUUUGAGAAUUUUCUCCAGCCUGGACAUACAAAAACCAAAGUUCCACUGUAUUACAAUAAUGCAUAACAGUAAAUCUUAUUUUUUUUUAGUAUGAAUAAAAACUCAAAACAAAACUUGUGCGUAAUAUUGGAGAGGUUUGGGGAUGUAACUAAUGAAACAGAGGAAAUGUUAUUUUAGUGCCAUGAAUGUCUGCAUUGUUUAUUCUAGACCCUAUUUUGAAAUUGGCACUUUCUGAAUUUUGUGUGCUAUUUGCCAAAUUACCAAUUUUUGAUCACUUUAUUGGGUAGUUGGAAUAGGCGAAUGGGUGGUUUCUUGUGCUUAGUCAAUAAAAUAGAAGGCAUACUAGUGAAAUUGUUGAGAAUUUAGUCGACUGAAACAAUGUAAUUGGCCUAAAAUAGGCAUCAAAAUGGGCUGAAUCACAGACCCAUAAAUAUUGCUGACACAGCAAAAUUCUGAUAGCUUACUUCCAUCAUUUUUCUGUCAUAUUUCAUACUUUUUGUUUUAUUACUUUCAGAUAAAGAUUCUCUACCAUUUCAUAAAAAAAUAAAACUUUUUUUUUUAAAUUCUUGAACCACAUGUACAAGUUUCAGAUCGGGAGUCUGGACCCCUGCAGUUGUUAAUUCCAUCUAAAUCUUAACCCCUAAACUGUCCACACGUAGAUAUACGUUCACGUGCGGCAGGCUCCGAACGUAGAUCAGUGUUUGAUUUUUCAUUCCUUCAAAAUUGGCGUGAUAGGCCUGAAUUGCCUAGGCAUGAGAGAAUGGAUGUGCACACAUUGAAAAAAAUCAAGGAUGCUGGGGUACUGAGUGGCAACAUCAGUUAGUUUCAGCUCCAUUUUGGGUCAACAUCAUGGUAAACCCCCGUGAUUCACUGACGCCUCGGUGUAUUAAUACGUACUCUACUAUUCCCGGAAAGUGAUACAGAACGCGAGUUUAGUGGUUUUGACUCUGAUAUAGCCGCUGAAGAUCAAGGAAUUAGUGAAACUUUUGUUGAUAACCUAGAUGACCCUCAGGCCAAGACCUCUGGGGUAGCCAGCAUGGAUAGUGUGGACAGUGUGGCCAUGCCAGACCCUCAGCCCAGCACUUCUGAGGUGGCCAGUGUGGUUAAUGUGGCCAUGUAGCCACAAUAGACCCUCAGGCCAUGACCUCUGGGGUGGACAGUGUGGCCAUACCAGACCCUCAGCCCAGCACUUCUGAGGUGGCCAGUGUGGCCACAACAGACCCCUCUGGGGUUGCUAGUGUUUCUUCCCAAAGGCAACUCUGCAAGAGGAAAUUAUAAUUUUCCAUGCAUUAUGGUGAUAACAAUAGUGAAAGUGAUAUAAGUGACGAUGAUGAAAUCGAUUUUAUGCCGAUAGACGAUUCAUCGAGUGAAAGUGAUUAUCAUUUUCCCCCAGUGAAAUGUACUUUUAGGCGUCAUAACCUAUGUUCAGGCAGUGUGCCACAUGUAGUCGGUGGCAAGGGUCGUGGCAGGUCACGAUCCGAAACCCCAGCCACUGAUAGUGAUAGUGAUAAUGAAGGUGAAUAUGCUGGGAUGGAGGAAGAGGGGGGGUGGCAUGGUGCCUGAACCUCGUGGCGCAGUGAGUGGGCAGACAAAGGACCACCCAGUACCUUCUCAACCAUGUGCUUCCUCCACUCCUGACCUCCCUACUGCUCCCCCAUGCCACAGGUCCACCCUGCACCAUGUGACCCCAAAUGGAACUGGACAGAAAGUACACCAUUUCUGCCACAUCCUUUCAAUUUUGAUGCCAGUGGAAGUGGCAUCAUGCCACACUCUCCCAUCACAAAUGAGACUACAGAGUUAGACUAUUUUCAACUAUACUUUGAUGAGUUGAUAAUGAACCUAAUUGUUACCCAGAUCAACAUGUACCACCAGUAUACAAUGGACCACACAGAUGUUUCAGAGUCUUCAUGGCUGCGCAGGUGGAAAGAUACAACUGUGGCUGAAAUGUAUUUAUUCCUUGGCACUGUCAUGCUUAUGCCACACAUUUGUAAGAACAAUAUAGCACACUACUGGUCCACAGACCACUUCAUCAGUACUCCAGUCUUCUGUGACCUCCUUCCCUGUAACAGAUUCACUCUGUUGCUACGAAUUUUACACUUCUCAGACAGGAAUACGCCAAACAGAAAUGACCUCUUAUACAAAAUCCGGGAAUUGUUUAUGUAUCUGAAGCAAAAAUUCAGCGCCUACUUUUAUCCAUUCAAGAACAUUUUUGUCGACGAGUCCUUAGUUCUGUUCCAGGGACGGCUGUCAUUCAGACAAUAUAUACCAAGCAAACGUAAUCACUUUGGUAUAAAACUCUUCGUUGUGUGACUGUGAGACUGGUCUUGUGUUGGAUGUCAUUAUCUACACAGGGAAAAAUACACUCGGUGAUACCAGGCGCAUGUUGGGCAUUUCUGGGGAUGUUCUUCGCAAGAUGAUGGGGCCAUACCUUGGCAAAGGUCAUACAUUGUUCACAGACAACUGGUAUAAAAGCCCUAUGCUCACUGAUUUCCUACGUGUGAACAGUACUGAUAUAUGUGGAACAGUGAGAAGAAGUAGAAAACACAUGUCAAGGUUCAAUGGAGGAAGUCCAGUAGAAGCAUUUCAUGCCAGUGACAUCAUGGCACUGACGUGGCAUGACAAAUGGGACGUGAUGUUGCUGUCAACCAUCCACAGAAACAAGAUGGUACAAACAGACAGGCUGAGCAGGUUUAACAAUGCACCUGUUGUAAAGCCAGCUGCUGUCAUCGACUAUGCGAACAAUAUGCGACUAGUUGACAAGUGUGACAUGAUGAUAGGGUUUGUUGACUGUGUGCAUAGGAGUCGCAAGUGGUAUAUAAAAGUUUUUUUCCACUUUGUAGACAUUGCAAUGCUCAGUGCUUUCAACGUGUAUGAAAUAAAGACUGGGAAGUGACAACGAUAUGCAGAAUUCACCCUCAAUAUCAUCAAGUUGAUAGCGAAAAAGUAUGGUACCACACCUAUAUCUGUCACUUCACAGUGACCUGUCACCCCACAACAGUGACCUGUCACUCCACAAGAAGAGGGGGAAGUGCCCGACCGAAUAAUCUCUAACUGUCACUGCCUGAUACCAUUACCAUCUACUCCAAAGAAGUACUCUCAGAAAAGUGUGUUGUGUGUGCUUACACUAAACAGCAACCCUGAGUGCAAAAAGACACACAAUACAUGUGUCAGCAAUGUGGGGUGGCACUCUGUAUGAAUCCAUGCUUCUUGGAGUACCAUACAGUGGUGGACUUCUAGAAACAUAAAUGCAACUUGUAAAUCCCUUGUAUAUACAGUGGAACCUCACCUAACGAAUGCAUCGAAUAACGUUAAAUCCGCCUAGCGAUACAUUUUAAUGCAAAAAUUUUGCCUCGGCUAGCGCUAAAAAACUCGCUUA